CUGAUAGCGGUCUUUGUCUCCUGGAAGAUCUUCCUCUUCGCCAUCGCGGCCGGCAGCUACGUCGUCGGCAAUGCCUAUGACACCUCUGGGAGCCUCGCACUGCUGGGGACCACCAAUUCUGGCCCCGACCUCGGCAAAAACAGCACUGGUAUCCACAGUCUCACCCUCGCCGGCAGGCUGACUGCGCGGCUGACCAGCUGGGAUGCCAUCUAUUUUGUCAGCGUUGCCCAUCGCGGCUACCGCUUCGAGCAGGAGUGGGCUUUUGGUACCGGCCUGCCUCUAACCAUUCGAGCUAUCGUACAAGGUGAGGUUUUUUCUUUCUUUCCCUCCUCUAUGGCGCGCGAUGUUGCUCUUACCAAUGGCCAACUGCUGCCAGAGGUUAUAGUAGGGGUGGUCCUCGCCAACACGGCUCACCUGCUAUCGGUGCUCGUGCUGUUUCGUCUGGGCCUGCUGAUCUGGCGCGACCGGACGUUCGCCCUGGUGGCCGCCCUCCUUCAUGUUUUGUCGCCCGCAGGCCUGUUCCUGUCGGCCCCCUACGCCGAGAGCCUCUGCUCCCUGCUGUCCUUCACAGGCUAUCUGCUGUAUGCUAAGAGCUGUCGUGUCUCGGACGAGGCAUCAUCGCCAGCAGCCGCGGCCGGGGGUUUCCGAGGGGACGCCUACGUGGUGCUGGCCGGUGUCGCCUUUGGCCUCGCGACCGCCUUUCGCAGCAAUGCCAUCUUGAACGGCAUCCCCUUUGCUUGGGAAGUGGUGCAGCUCUUGCUCGCACUGCUGCUCCGCCGUCCGUCCGAAACCGUGCUGCCACUGGCGCGCCGGCUUCUCGCGUUGGGCGUCGGUGGCGUCUGUGUGGCCGCUGGCUCGCUUGUUCCCCAGGUUGUGGCGUACCUGCGCUUCUGCUCUCUUGCUUCCGGCGCUUCCGGUAGCGCGGUAGACCCACCUCCUUGGUGCCAUGCCUAUCCUCCCAGUAUCUACACCUUUGUCCAGAAGCACUAUUGGAACACUGGUUUUCUCCGCUACUGGAAUCUCCCGAAUGUCCCGCUGUUCCUGCUAGCUGCCCCCAUGAUCGUGGUCCUCACCAGAUCUGGACUGGACCACGAGAAGACACCUGCCGACGCCCUCCUCCACUCUGCGCGCUUGACCACCCUCGUUCGCUCCGCUGCAGCUGCCCAGCUCGUGCUCGCCGUGCUCGCCGUCCUCAUGUACCACGUGCAAAUCAUCACGCGUAUAUCGUCGAGCUACCCGCUUUGGUACUGGUGGCUGGCGGGUGCCUUGAUGCGCGGCGACAAGGCUGGCAGUCAGACUGUCAUGUUUAUGGUUACCUAUGCCGCGGUCCAAGGGGCUCUGUUUACCUCGUUCUUGCCACCGGCAUAA